UGUAUAAUGUUUUAUUUGAAAGUUUAAUGCUAUAAGUUUCCGUUUUAUUUUUCAUUUUAUAUUUUCGUUAAUAGUUCCGUUUAAACGUUGACAUUAGCUUUUAUUUGUACACAUUUAAUUACAAAUCGUCAAUACAUCUAGUUAUUGAAUUUCAAUCAUCUACGUCAACUUUUAUUCAGAACGUUUUUAUGCAUUAAAAUUUAAUGUUUAAAAUGAAUAAACUAAAAUCUGCUCAAAAGGAAAAAGUUCGCCAGUUUAUCUCAUUUACAAAUACAGGCGAGAAAACAGCUAUAUUUUGUUUAAGUUCACAUGAUUGGCGCAUGGAUAUUGCUACAGAUAGUUAUUUUCAACAUCCAGAGAGAUACCACAAAGAAACAAAGCCUGUUGUGGAGAAGAAAAAAGUCAACACUUUAUUUGAAAAAUAUAAAGACCAUAAUGAAGAUAAAAUGCUUGUUGAUGGUUUAACUCGCUUCUGUGAUGAUUUGAAACUAGAUCCAGUUUCUUUUGAAGUCCUUUUGAUUUGCUGGAAGUUUAAAGCUUCAGUUCAAGGUGAAUUUUCAAGAAAAGAGUUUGUUGAUGGGAUGUGCGAAUUAGGUUGUGAUAGCAUUGAUGGACUUCGAAAAGCUUUACCUGUUAUAGAAUCUGAAUUAAAAGAUCAUACAAAGUUCAAAGAGCUUUAUCAAUUUACAUUUAACUUUGGAAAAAAUGUUGGACAAAAAUGUUUAGAUCUUGAAAUUGCUAUUGCUUAUUGGAAUAUUGUUUUCAAAGGACGAUUUAAAUUUUUAGAUAUGUGGGUGCAGUUUUUAACAGAAAACCAAAAACAUUCUAUACCUAAAGAUACAUGGAAUUUAUUAUUGGAUUUUUCAUUAAUGAUUAAUGACGAUAUGUCAAAUUAUGAUGAGGAAGGUGCAUGGCCAGUAUUAAUUGACGAUUUUGUUUCUUGGGCACGCAUACAAUUUAAGAAUGUGAGUUGUUCAAAAUAAAGCCAAAGAUAUUCCUUAUAAACUUGUUGUUCUUGCAGUUUACUGUUUUAAUGCCAUGGUUUGCAAUAUAUGCUUAAGAGGUCUGGCUGUUGCAAGUUGCUGAAUCAUUUUUUAUAAGUGCAAGUUUAGAGUUGUUGCAUUUUUACUACUGUUUCAUCUGAAGAUCAUAACAGUCAUAUAUAUAUAUAUAUAUAUAUAUAUAUAUAUAUAUAUAUAUAUAUAUAUAUAUAUAUAUAUAUAUAUAUAUAUAUAUAUAUAUAUAUAUAUAUAUAUAUAUCCACACACAUACAUACACAAACAAACAUACAUGAAUGCAUACUAGAAUCUAUAUAUUGUAAUACUUUUAUGCAACGCCCAAUUAAAUUCCAAGCGAUGAGAACAAGAUAGCAAAUUGGAUUUUCUAAAUAAUAACUAAUCAUGUAAAAAGAAUAUAUAUUUAUAUUGAAAAUAAAAUGUUAUAUUUCAACAACUUUAAAAGUUUUUGUAUUUUUUAUUGUCAUUGUUUAUUAUUUUUUGAUAGAAUCAUCUCAAUGUACAUACAUAAGAUGUUAAUGUUCAUU